CUUUCUACUCCUACUCCCGCAUCGACUGAUCUUGGCCAUCGACAUCAUCGGGCGUCGGAAGCGGCUGAGUGUGAUGCUUGGCUCGAAGAGUCGUAACUUACCUAGUGCUCGAUUAUCUGUCCAGCGGUUCCCCAUACAGACAAACUACUCCCAAAGAGCUGGAUGACAUCCCGAUCGUCCUUCGAUCUCAUCUUUCAUUAGUUCGUGUCUCUUUUCUAUCGCUUGCAGAGUCAAUCUUGUACACUUGGGCUGCUCACGGCUGAUACCCUUGGAUUGGACCCUCCACACCCUUCCUUCGUGGCAAGUGAUUGUUGAUCAAUGAUAACCUAUCAACUUGACUCCACUGCGCUCUAAAACCUCUCACUUUUUCGCUUGUGUCCGCGAGGCGCGCAGCCUGCAUCUAGAGAUCUCCAGCAUCACGUUUGACUGCUUGGGUCGGUUUCACAUCUCAAAUCAGCAUGCGGACUGCAGCUGUCAGAGCUUUGCGGAAUGCCAGGUUGGCCGCAAGGCAACCCGGAUCGUUAACGAGACAUUAUGCCACGGCGAGAGACCCUUUGCACAAGGAUCCUGCCGAGUUAGACCAUAUCACAGAGCUGCCAAACGGAAUCCGAGUUGCGACCGAGUCCUUACCGGGUCCUUUUGCUGGCGUGGGAGUGUACAUUGAUGCCGGAUCGAGAUAUGAAGAUGAGUCGCUGCGCGGAGUCAGUCAUAUUGUGGACCGGCUGGCUUUCAAGUCAACAAAGACGAGAUCCUCCGACCAGAUGCUGGAAGCCCUGGAAUCGCUAGGCGGAAACAUCCAAUGUGCAUCUUCAAGAGAAGCCUUGAUGUACCAGUCUGCAACCUUCAACUCCGCUGUGCCUGAUACGAUCGGCCUUCUUGCAGAUACCAUUCGAGAUCCUCGAAUAACGGAGGAGGAGGUGCUCCAACAAUUGGAGACAGCCCAGUAUGAAAUACAAGAAAUAUGGUCGAAGCCAGACUUGAUAAUCCCGGAGCUGAUGCAUAUGGCUGCGUACAAGGACAACACACUGGGCAAUCCCCUUCUAUGCCCACGAGAACGACUGGACUACAUCAACAGGGAUUUGAUCAUGAAGUAUCGAAGUACGUUUUACAAGCCGGAGCGGAUCGUCGUCGCUUUCGCUGGUAUCGAACACGACCUGGCGGUGAAAUUGACGGAAAAGUACUUUGGGGACAUCCCUCGAACAGAAAGCUCUUCACCGACUCUAGACCAGAAACCAACUACAUCCGCCGAUGUACCACCAUCCAACUCGCAGUAUCCAAAUUCUCAGUCCUCUUCAGCAAGCAAAUUCUUUUCCAAACUCCCUGGUUUCAGCAAUUUCUCGACAUCCGCACCUCAUCAGGCCACCGUCUCACCUCUAGAUCCUUCACUAAUCCAAUCCGCUCCUACCUCGAUACUUACCCAGCCAUCUCACUACACGGGUGGCUAUUUGGCAUUGCCCCCUUUACCAGCUCCCCAGAACAAUCUGUCCAUACCUCUUUCACACGUCCAUGUAGCCUUCGAGGCACUCCCGAUAUCCUCGGAUGACAUAUAUGCUCAGGCUACCCUGCAGACCUUACUUGGAGGAGGCGGAUCGUUCUCCGCAGGUGGUCCUGGUAAAGGCAUGUAUUCGCGACUUUACACCAAUGUUCUGAAUCAGCAUGGAUGGGUGGAGAGUUGCGUGGCUUUCAACCACAGUUAUACAGACAGUGGUCUUUUCGGCAUCGCUGCAGCUUGCGAGCCUGGUCGAGUCGGACAUAUGGUCGAUGUCAUGUGUCGAGAGUUACAAGCCUUGACGCUCGAUUCAGGCUUUCCCAGUCUUCAGGUCGCCGAAGUCAAUCGGGCUAAGAAUCAGUUGCGCUUCAGCCUUUUGAUGAACCUAGAAUCGCGGUUGGUCGAGUUGGAAGACUUGGGCAGACAAGUCCAAGUCCACGGCCGCAAAGUUGGCGUCAAGGAGAUGUGCGAGAAGAUCGAAGCUCUUACCGUGGCUGACCUAAGGCGGGUUGCUAGACAGAUCUUCACAGGCAAAGUUGACAACAAAGGCCAUGGCACUGGCGCUCCGACCGUGGUCAUUCAAGAGGGAGAAGACCCUAGUGGCAGAAGGAUCAAGCAAAUACCCUGGGAGGAUGUUCAAUCGCGCAUAGCAAGGUGGAAGUUGGGAAGAAUGUAAAUAUGAGGACAUGAAUCCCAGGUAUGAUACCUAACCCUAUAUUUGUACUAUAAUCCUCUCCAGCUGUAAGUCUUCUUCAGUUUGGCAAGCUUCAGCACAUACAUGAUACCACUCCAUAUCACGCUACCAGAGACCAUCGUCAUUC